AUGUUGUGACUCCAACUUUAGCACACAAUAGAUUCUAUUCCUGUAAAUGCACUGGGGUUAUCAUUCCACUUACACUGAGGUCGCUCUCUGUCCCUCCCUCUUUAUCUAACGCUCUCACCCACUUACGCAAAAUCAUGGCGGACAGAAACAGCCGGUUGAGUGUUAAGAAGAAAGAGAAGAAGGUGGAAAACAAAACAAAUGACGACAAGGACAAAGAAAAGGAGAAAGGGAAGGAGAAAACAGUGAAAAAGCCUGACAAACCUGUGAAGAAGCCAGAGAAGACCUCCGAUCAGCCCAAGACAGAUGAUGAGAAGAGGAAUGGGGAAAGCGAAGGGGCAACAGGAGCAGGGGCAAAUAACACUGAGGAAAAUGGAGAGUUUCAGCCUAUAGAGCUGCCACCAUUUGAGAUCGUCACAGGGGAACAGAUGAGCCCGUUCUACUUCAAGUUUCAGUUCAGGAACGUUGAAUACUCAUCAGGGAGGAACAAGACCCUGCUGUGCUUCAGAGUGGAUACACCAGGAGGCAUCACAGAGCCUCUGAAAGGUUAUAUGGAAGAUGAACAUGCCACAGCUCAUGCUGAAGAGGCCUUCUUUCAACAGGUGCUCCCUAAGAAUUCCGAAGCGUACGAAGUCACAUGGUAUGUAUCAUCUAGUCCCUGUGUGUCCUGUGCAGCCAAGUUGGCCAACAUCCUCCAGCAGCGCAAAAACGUCCGUCUCUCCAUAUUCUGCUCCCGACUCUUCGAAUGGGAGGAGCCGGAGAUAGUAGAAGGGCUCCGGGCUCUGGUGAGCGCUGGCUGCAAACUGCGGAUGAUGAAGCCAUGUGACUUCGUACUUGUUUGGGAAACAUAUGUGGAGAAGGAGGACCAGAGCUUUACACCCUGGGAGGAUUGUAAGGAGAACUACGAGUACUACAUGGAGAAACUGGCUGAUAUCCUCAAGUAGAUGUGAUCCAGUGCACAUGUUGGACAAGCUCUACCCACUGGUUGAACGUUUGUUUCUUGCAGUCGCAUCUGAUGGUGUAUAUGAAUAUUAGUUUGAACACUUGUGGCAACAUUUUGUAUUUUUUAUUUUCACAAUUUGAUACGGUUAGGGAUAACACAAAAUUCUAGAAAGGCAUCUCUGUACCUGCACAGUAGAUAAAUAUACAAUAUCCCUCUGGUCACUAAGCCUCUAUGAAGACUAACCUGUAUCUACUGACCUCUGGUGUUUGUUUUAAGAAUUGAAAGAUUGUCCUGCAGAUCAUGAAAUAUGUACAGUGCAUACAAUAUU